GGGGAACGGCGAGCCCGGGUUCUGCGCGUCUGGCCGGCUGGCUGGCCGGCGGGCGUCGGGAUUCGGAGGCCGCGUCGGGAGGCUCGAGGCGCGCCAGGCGGUCUUGAGGGGGUGCUUGCGGGCUGUCCAGUCUGCAUGAACUAACAGAUCACUGUAAUUUUGUAAAUUGGCAAUCAUGAACGUCAAUGACUUCGUGAUACUCCCUGGUUCUAAGAUGGGAAUGUCUGUAAAACUGAAGGCAAAAAGUGUGCGAGAGUUGCAGUUGGAGAAGGUUCAGCUGGAACUGGACAAUAAAGAAAUGGAAAGGAAAUUGCAGCAGCUUCAGUCGAACAUGAGCAGAGAGAAGCUUGAGAGAGAAAGAGCAAAUGGAUAUCACUGGAAGUCUGGCCAAGCUGGCCUGGGCCUGCAGCCCCAGAUGUCACAAAACAAAGAGAACACUGCAAAGAUUUCUUCAGGCAAAGUAAAGCUGAGAGUACUAAAAGAACAAAGUCCAGAGCCGGCUAAGCAGUUAGUUGCCCAAAGAGUUGCAAGUGCUGCGUCCACAGAAAAGCCAAAAGCGAAGGGAAAGCCAUGUGGCCAGUGUGAGACCAAGGCUGCCUUGCUGGUGUGUUUGGACUGUGGAGAAGACUAUUGUCCGAGCUGCUUUGCCAGAGUCCACCAGAAGGGGGCACUGAAGCUCCAUAGAACGACUUGUUUGCAGGCAAAAGUACAUGUUCCAGUGGAGAAACUGCAGGCUGCUCAGCAGUUCCUGAAAAAAAUCUACCCCGAUGAAUCUAAUGGCAAGAUAACUUAUGAGCAGAAGAAAGGAGUCAGUUUCUCAGAGGAUCCAUCAGAGAGUUCUUCACCUUUACCAAAAAUGCCAACACAUGAUAUAGAGGAGGCUUUUACAGAACCAACAGAAGUUUCGUCCCAGUGCCAGACAGGAGGGUCUUUACUGCACGGUGCCUUUAACGAAGAAGAGUCCGCAAAGUUUUUCCAGGAAGCUCUAAAUCAGUGGAGAAGCAGAAAUUCUCCUCGAAAGCAUACAGAAGAACGUUGUUGUCAGUCUGAGCCAGAAAUUACAGAAACCUGUGAGGCACAAACAAGUCCUCCAAUUAUGAAAAAACCCGUGGAAAUUCAGUUUGAAGAGGAUAGCUUGAAAUAUAUGGAAAAAUUAUGGCUUAAGAAAUAUAAAAGAACUCCACUUGAGAUGUUGCCAGAUGUUCUAGGAGAUGAACUUAAACCUACCAAAUCUCUGAUAAAUGAAGCUCCUGAUACUACUUGGGUUGGAGAAGAGGAAGAAGAGGAUGAGGAAAUUGUAAAUGCUCAUUUAGCAGCUGAAGAGAUGAAAAAAUUCUGGGCAGAUGUUAGGAAAGAAGAGCCUGAGGCAGUUCCUGUAAACCUUGAGCCUUCUCUGAAAAUUGAGAUCCUUGAAGAUACUUGCGAGGAGGAGGCAGAAGAAGCUGCUGACUUUGUGAUUAUGGAAACUGGGUUUGAAGAGUUUGAUGACUACAGCGGCACCACGUCAGAAAAUCACAAAACUGAACCAGACAUUUUUCUGGCACAAGCUGUCGAUGUUCCCACGAGGUCACCUCUUUCUUCUGCAGUUGACAAAGAAAAUGAUUUAACUUUUCUUCGUAAUAAACAUGAAGAAACUCCUAGAGCAAGCUCACCUUCUGUACAAUCAAGAAGAACGGAUGUUCUUUGUGAUCCUUCCAGUACCGAAGAAGUUUCCAGCAUUCCUUAUGAAAGAGCUGCAACAAAAGAAGAAGCCAUUGUAGGGAAAAAGAAUCGCUCCUGCAUGUCACUGGGGCAGAUUUCGAGUUCUCUUGAGUUGGCUCCUUGUGAAUCUUCCCCUCUGAUAGAAUUUCCUAAGGACUGCGAGAGAGCGCUAGAGUUGAGGGAAGCCUCAUCAGUAACUACUGAGUGUUCCAUGUUGUUGAAAGAAGUGGCCUUAAAAGAGAAACCCAUUUGUGUCCCAUAUCGAGGACUUGAGGGAUUCUUUGCAAUGAGUACAAGCUCUCAGGAAGUUAUGGCGGACUUGUUUUCUUCACCACGGACAGCCAGGCAAUCUCCAAGCAAGGGCAUUUCAUUUUCAGGGUCUGACCAAUGGAUCAAGGACUUCAGCUUUAGUGAGUGUGCUGAUGAAACUGUAGUGCAGGAUGUCUUGAACCUGGAGCUUGCCGGGCCGUCUAGUAGAUUGGAACGACAGAGCCCAGGUGCUAGAGCUUCAUUUUCAGUCUCACACAGUGCAAAGGCUAUUCCAAGGCCUUUUUCAUCAAACAGACCCUUCUACAGCCCUGCUGCGCAAGACAGCUCUCGUCCUUCUUCAGCCCUUCAGAGAGGACCCAGGAGUUCACCGGCUGCACCUUUAUCUCGAGCCGCUUCUGAAAUUUCAGAAAUUGAAGACAUUGAUGUCACUGAGCGCAAUGAUCCCUUCUUGGAAGAUAUCAUGGACCAACAAGCUUUAGCAGACUUAGAAAGUGAAUUGCAAACUAAUGCAGAUCUUCAGCCGAAACUCAGUGGGGUCUUGUCUGAUUCACCUGCCCUCAACAGACGUUCAAAGGUGACAAGUCGCACUUGUACAGCCUUUUAUAACAACCAUGAAAUAAAAGACUACAGUCAAAGUGACACUAUACGAGUAUACGAUGAUUAUACAGAUGACGAGGAAGACCUUUGGCAGGACAAGCAGCAGGUGAUGGAAUUACGUUGAAAGUAUAGGACUCGGCUCUGCCAACAUCUUUUCUUUGCAUUCCGUAAAACCAUCAGGUCAAAGUGCUGGUCUUGAGUCUGGUGGAUUAACUUGAGCUCAUGCGCAAACAAAUCUACAUGGCACAAAUAAAAUACAUGUUGAAACCAAAACAAACAAACAAA